GCUUUGAUCAGUUGCAUGGUCUUGGAUGUUUUUCAUCCUUGGCCGAGAGAUGCCCUUGUUGGGGUUGCGCAACGCUUCAUGGUGGUGCUGAGCCAAAACAACAUUCAAGACGAGGAAACCUUGGCGAGCAUCGCUCAUCACUCUGCAGAAGUGCAUGUCUCCGUCUACCAGGCUAAUCGACGAUAUCUGGAGGAGGAGCGACGGUACAACUCAACCACUCCGAAGUCCUUCCUCGAGCUCAUCAAUUUCUAUGUGCAGAUGCUCACUGAGAAGCAGGCCUCUGUGGACUUCAACGUAUCGCGGCUUGAAAGGGGCUUGGCGAUCAUGCACGACGUCCAAGAAGGUGUUGCCGACCUUAAGAGAGACUUGCAAAUCACCCUACAGCAGGUGGAUGAAAAGAAGAUUUCAACCGAAGAGCUCAUCAAGCAGGUCACAGUCGCGCAAGCAGCAGCGACGGUUGAGAGGGAGGCAGCACGCCAAGAGCAGUCCAAAUGUGAAGCUUUAGCAGCAGAAGCACAGCGAAUGAAGACUGAGGCAGACAAUGAGCUUCAAGAAGCUCUGCCCGCGAUGGAAAAGGCCAAAGCCGCGGUGGACUGUCUCGACAAGGCCUCGAUCACCGAGCUGAAAACCUUUGGAAAGCCUGCGCAAGAAUGCAUUGAUGUCGUAGCUGCGUGUGGCUUCUUGUUGAAGCAUGAGAAACGGAAGCUGGACUGGAAAGGCUGCCAAUUAAUGAUGAAGUCUCCUCAACAGUUCAUUGAUGAUGUGAAGAGCUUCGAUGCCGACAACAUUCCCGAACAGGUCUUGAUGAACACGGAGCCUUUGAUUGGUCAAUUAAAUUUUGAGUCUAUGAAGAGCAAAAGCUUAGCAGCUGCACAUCUGACAAACUGGGUGGUGAACAUCGUAACCUACAACAAGAUCUACACGAAGGUGGCGCCGUUGAUCGAGAAGGUCCGCGUGGCGCAGGAGACCACCGAGAGCGCCAAGCUGCAGCUCCGCGAGGCGAA